GAGCGGACGCGGAGAGCCUCUAUGGCACGGCCGGAGCUCCCCUUUGCAAGGAUGCCGCCGAUUUCCUUCCAGAGAGGGAGAUGUGGGCUUGGUGCGACUUCUACGCUCCCGGUGCUUCGAUGCCAGACGACACGACGUGCAACGGUCAAGAGGGUUGCUACGGUGGACAGGGCUGGUGCCACUGCGAGGGCAAGACAGGCUGCCAGGGGGUGGGUGGCAUCUGGAAUGCCCAAACCUGCGCGAUGGAGGUGGACAAGUUCAGUCCGGAGCAGCGGGAGAUGUUGCGCAAGGCGGACCUGCAGGGCAACUGCCUUGACCUGGAGGCCAACGGCAUGAAAGCGCAGGAUCUGGUGUCCUAUCCCGCGCAGACGUGCUGCCAUUCCUUCCCAGCGUCGGUCUGCAACAAAGAGCUCGAGGCGCAGACACCUUGCCUGCAGGACGAGGACUUCGAGCACAACAAGUCGAUGUGGGCCUGGUGCGACACCUACAUCGCGGCCCCCUCCCAGGAGGUCUGCAUGGCGAACGGCUGCCAUGGCGACGAGUGGCAUUGCCACUGCGAGACCCAAGCCGGCUGCCUUGGUGUAGGUGGUCGUUGGGAGGAGUACCAGUGCUGGCAGGAUUUGAAGUGGAUGUCGGCAGAAGUGCACGAGGGCAUCCUGAAGGCAAAGACUCAGCACACUUGCGACGACGUGGAAGUUUGGCACAGCCCGUUGGAGUACAAUGUGGAUUGGCUUGGCUCCAGCUGUUGUUCCACAGGCAAGUCCGUUUGCAAG